AUGGUUGGUUCCCAAGCAUUUGUGGCUGUUCUAACAUCAUAUGGGACAUUUAAAGCCUGUACCUCACCAAUAACAAGUUAUGUAACUCUCUUGCAACACGGUAAUCUGAGUUUCCCUGUUCCUAAUGUUUUAGCAAUCUACAUAAACAGCCACAAGAUCAUCUUUGCAAGUUUCCAAAUUCCAUCCAAUGGGACUUUGGUGAAUCAUGUUUGGCAAGAAGGUUUUGCUUGGGAUGAUGGAACUUCAAAAGCACACUUCCUAUCAGGACCUAAUCUUCUGUCUUUUGCUACCCUGGAUUUUACAUCUGGGAAUGUUUCAGAAACAGGUGUAGAAGUGAACUCCUCAAACACAACACUAAAAAACGUUCAUGGGAUUUUGAGUUCUUUUAGUUGGGGAUUUCUAAUGCAGCUUGGGGUAAUAUUCGGUUACGUGAAAGAAUGUGAUUGUGGUUGUGGAGCAUCUGCAGGCGUUUUGCAUCGAGCAUUUGUAUCUCUAGCAUUUUUUAUCGGCUCUGGUGGCUUUGUUACUGGUUUGUAUUUGGGAAAUCAUAAUCAUUCCGGAGUUCAUAAUGCUUCACACAGAUUCAUUGGGAUCACUCCAAUGUAUCUGACACAUGUUCAAAUAUUUGUUGCUAGAUUCCUGAAGCCUGAAAAUAAUCACAAGUAUAAAAUAUUUUGGAAAACUUUUCAUUUUAUAGUCGGCUAUUCAAUUUUGUUCCUAGCCAUGCUGAACCUCGUCAUCGCUUUUUCCAUCCUCAACCUUGAUUAUGACGACAACAAAGCAAAUUAUUAUGCUUUAAUUAUCUUCGUCAACGAGUUUGCUUUGUUUGCGGAGUUGGUUUUCCUUCUGGUUUUAAUCCUUAAUAGUAUUGCAGAUUUGCUUUGA